AUGAACAGCGCCACAAAUUACAAUGACCCUGACGAAGAGUCACGAAAUAUAAAACAAAGAAACACUACUAGCAAAGCCAUCAUGACUUCUAUCAAGUGGAACAUAGGCAAUACAAUCUAUUGUACGAUCUGCUUCAUUAUUGCAAUAGUUGCACUUAGCAAAUCAGUCAAUGGCCUUACUAUUAAACCUAGUGACACAACCGAACUAGUUCUAAGGUCUCAGUCUACUGAUGUGACUAUAUAUGACCCAGACCUUCACAAGAGAUUUCCUUGGUUUGUAAUUGGAUGGAUCUUUGGUGUUGCGAAUUUUGGUGCACUGUUAUAUGGCCUAGCAUCAAGUUGCAAGGAUUAUUCGAAAAGCACUGGAGAUAAAUUUAGUUGUAUCUAUGGUGCUAUAGGUACUGCUGUAACAUAG